AUGUCAGUCAUGCCACACAUCAACACCACCGAGCUGCAGUCGCUCCUGCUCUCCUUCCUGCAGCACUGCCUCAACAGCACAAGUGUACUGUCUUCACCAAUACCUCAGAACUACACUACCCAGCAAGCUGUGCACCACGUGGAUGGAGCCCGGGCCCACGCUCAGACUGAGGGCAUGAUGUACAUCCUCCUGGUGGUCGGUAUGUUCAGCUUCUUCACCUUCGGCAUCAUGCUCAGCUAUAUUCGCUCCAAGAAGCUGGAGAGCUCUCAUGAUCCGUACCACCAGUACAUCGCCCACGACUGGACCAAGGUGAGGAUUCCGUCCAGGGUCAUCGCUCAGGCUGUGCACAGGGAAGCUGCAGGUACCGGAGCCAGGAGCAAGGAGCCCAUCGUCAUCUGCAACCCUGCAACACUGGAGUAGCUGCCAGACUAGAAUGAGACAUUCAGCUACUUAAACAAGAUUCAAACACUCUCAACAAAGAAAUACAAACACAAUAUUUAUAAUUACCAUAACUUUUAAUGUCACAUAGCAACCAACAGUUAGUGUUAGGUAGGUUUGUAUGUUCAGAUCAGUAAUUUCACAGAAACAACUUCACAUCAUAUCAUAAAAAUGGUUCAUGUUGUAAUCUUUGUUAUCAACACAUGCAGUUCUUCACACUUUACAGUCACAGCAACUACAAUUGCUCAAUACGGUUGUAACACAGAGUAAAAUUGGUGGCAAUAUUGUGUCUGACAUACACAGAAAUAAGCAGGUGAACAAGUGUGAAAUAGCCCCAUGGACUGUAAUUAUUGGUUGACAAAUAAACCACUGAUCUCAAA